UACGUGCCGUCCAAUACAGAAGGACCCCUGGACGCUGUAAAUUACAACGCGGGCUAAUGUAAACUUCAAAAAACUGCGUAUUUACCGCCAAAGUUUCCAUGAAAUCAAAAAAAUUAACUGGGAAAUAUUGAAGCUCACAUGGAGUUAACGUCCUUUCGAUGCUGUCUCACCACAGAGGAGUGAAGUUUUCCUUCUGAGCUGCCGAGUUAUCCUGCAGAAAUAUAUCUUUGGAGAGUGGUAUGGACCGACUUUGCCUCAUUUUAAUGUCUGACUGCUGCUAACUACAACAUAACCAAGAGCCAUAAUGAAGAGAAGAAACGACGCAUCGUCGGCAGCCCUGCUGGGGGCCAAGAAGCGCCGUGAUGACAGCAGUUCAGAUGAAGAGUCAAGAUUAUCCAGACAAGACUCGAGCCAAAAUGACUCCCUCAGUGACCAGGAAGAUCACAGACCAGGAUUCUCCAUGCCCUCCAUAUCCUUUGAUGCUCAAGACACAGACGCCUCCUCAGACACCUCCAAGUUCUCAAUGUACAACAGUGUGUCACAGAAGCUCAUGGCCAAGAUGGGUUUCCGUGAGGGUGAGGGUCUGGGGAAGUUUGGCCAGGGACGCAAGGAAAUAGUGGAGGCCUCGACGCAGAGAGGGAGAAGGGGUCUUGGCCUCACACUGCAGGGCUUCCAGGGGGAGCUCAAUGUCGACUGGCGAGAUGAACCAGAGCCCAGUUCUAUAGAGAAGGUCGAGUGGUUCCCAGAAUGCACCACAGAGAUGCCAGACGCAGAUGAGCUGAGGGACUGGAUGACACUGGGACCGAGAAAACUUAAGAUUGAGGAUGAGACAGAGUUUUGCACUGAAGACCUCCUGCACACUGUUCUGAGGUGCAAGACGGUAUUUGAUAACCUGGAGGGCGAGGAGAUGAGGAGAGCACGGACACGUUCCAACCCAUACGAGACGAUCAGAGGAGGAAUCUUCCUCAACAGAGCAGCUAUGAAAAUGGCCAACAUCGACCACUGUUUCGACAAUAUGUUCACCAACCCAAGGGAUUCACAAGGGAAAUCUCUGACGAAGGACCGCGAGGGCGAGCUUCUGUACUUCGGUGACGUGUGUGCAGGGCCUGGAGGCUUUUCAGAGUACAUACUGUGGAAAAGACGCUGGCAUGCCAAGGGCUUUGGCAUGACACUGAAAGGACCUUGUGACUUCAAACUGGAGGAUUUCUUUGCAGCGCCGAGUGAGCUGUUUGAGCCAUACUAUGGUGAAGGAGGGGUGGAUGGGGACGGUGACAUCACUAGGCCAGAAAAUGUGACCGCUUUCCGAAACUUUAUUCUGGAGAGUACAGAGAGAAGAGGGCUGCACUUACUCAUGGCAGAUGGGGGUUUCUCUGUGGAAGGACAAGAGAACAUCCAGGAGAUCCUGAGCAAACAGCUGCUGCUCUGUCAGUUCCUCACGGCCCUCUCUACACUCAGGACAGGUGGCCAUUUCGUCUGUAAGACUUUUGACCUCUUCACCCCCUUCAGUGUGGGUUUGGUCUACCUGCUCUACCUCUGCUUUGACAGGAUCUCUCUCUUCAAACCUGUCACCAGCAGGCCAGCCAACUCUGAGAGGUACAUAGUGUGCCGUGGUUUAAAGCCCGGUUCAGACGCUGUCAGGGAAUAUAUGUUCAGAAUCAACCUGAAACUCAACCAGCUGAGGAACACAGACAGAGACAUUACAGAAGUGGUCCCAAUGAGCAUCAUCAAGGAAGACACCGACUUCUACCAGUAUAUGGUUAACUCCAAUGAGAGCCUCUGUGCGGUCCAGAUCAAGGCUUUGGCUAAGAUCCAUGCUUUUGUCGUAGAUCCGACCCUUUCAGAGCCGCGACAAGCCAACAUAAGGAAGGAGUGUCUCAAGCUCUGGGGGGUCCCAGACAAAGCCAGAGUCACUCCUGCUUCCUCAGACCCAAAGUCAAAAUUCUACGAACUGGUUAAGAAUUCAGAUGUGGAGUCGUUCCAGUGUAAGCUCACACCUCUCAACUCAAGCACAAUCGAUAAGUUGCGUCACAUCCUGGACCACAGGUGCAUUGUGGGAGGUGGAGAGCAGAUCUUCCUUCUUGCGCUGGGGAAGUCCCAGAUAUACACAUGGGAUGGGAAAAUGCCUGUGCGCUGGAGGAAACUGGAGAACUUCAAGCUAGAGCUGCCAAGAGAUACACUUCUAAGCGUGGAGAUCGUCCAAGAGCUGAAGGGCGAGGGCAAAGCUCAGCGUAGAAUCAACGCAGUUCACGUCAUGGAUGCAUUAAUACUAAAUGGCACAGACGUAAGAGAUCAGCACUUCAACCAACGGAUCCAGAUGGCUGAGAAGUUUGUGAAGGCAGUGGCCAAACCCAGCAGACCAGACAUGAAUCCCAUCAGAGUGAAGGAGGUCUACAGGUUGGAGGAAAUGGAGAAAAUCUUUGUCAGACUAGAGAUGAAGGUAACAAAGAGUUCAGGAGGAGUCCCGCGUCUGUCCUACACCGGCAGAGAUGACCGACACUUCCUUCCGACAGGCCUCUACAUCAUUAAGACUGUCAAUGAGCCGUGGACGAUGGCGUACAGUAAAAACUCCAAGAUGAAGUUCUUCUAUAAUAAGACAACCAAGGAGUCCACCUAUGAAAUGCCACCAAACUCUGCGUCCCCCUUCCACGUCUGCCACUCAGAGCGUCUAUUCUGGGCCUGGGUGGAAGGAGUCAUCGUUCAUGAUUCUCAGACACGGAUGGACCCUGAGAAACUGUCCAAAGAUGAUGUGCUGUCCUUCAUCCACCAGAAUUACCAACCAUGAAAGGCUCGGAGCUCUGCUACGGCUUCGACCUGUACACAGAAUGCACUAAUUUAUGGAGGACACACAGCCUUAGAAAUCGUUAUAAUGCAGUUCAUUAUUUGAUAUUUGAGGGAUUAUAAAAAAGACUUCAGCUUGUUAUGAAAAGCUGAAACUUAGUUUUUUUUUAAUCCCUGCUUUUAUUGUCCAGUGAAUAUCAGUUAAUAAACUGCUUUAUAACCAUUUCAAAGCCCUCUAAACCCUCCAUACUAUGUUUCUAAAGAGUAAAGAUAACCAGGUUGUAACUGGAGCUGUUUCUAGCAGCGAUAGCUGGUCUCCUUAUAAGCAACAGACACUUGACAAACCACUUUGUCUUUCUGCCUUUUCCACUGCCCUUGGCUCCAUGAAUUGUAAUGAAAAGAAGUCGUCUCACAGGACAAUAUGGAGACAAAAGCUGCUGCCAUUGUCUCUACAUUGAAUUGCAUGUCCCUGUUGAUCGAAUUUUACUGUUUCCAUACAUGCCAUGCUUGUGUGUGUGUGGGUGUGUGUGUGUGUAUAUAUAUGUCACAUUAGCGAUGACAAGAGAGAAGCAUCUGCAAACUGAAUGAAGCUAGAUAAAGCUACAAAAUGCUAAACUAUGCAUCUAUAUCUGUCAACACAGUCCUGUUCGCCUCAGUCUACGCCUGCUUUAAGCACGACUGCUCCUCCUGUCAUCGCUGUUGUAACAAGGAUCUAUUUACCUGGUCUCUCACAACAACAAGCUCCUUGUUGCUGCUCCUGCAAAUCUGUAGCUGGACCCUCCCAAAAACAACAACAACAAAUACACUUUUAUCAUCUUGUAGCUUAUCCUUAACAUCAUUUCCACAUAUCAGUUACAGAUGUAGCAGCUUUUUCCUCUUCAUACCUGAUCUGUCAUCGAGUGAGUGUGUCAGUUAAAGAUUUCUGAAGGUGUCCUGUUAAGUUUUAGGUUGUUUCUACCCCGACACCUCUUUGUUAUUGUGCCUCAUAUUGCCUGGACUGUGUGUUUCUUAAAUACUGCAAAUUAGUUAUUUUUUCUUGUAAAGUUGUCUAUCAAUCUCUGAUGUAAAUAAUAAUAAAUGGGAAAUGUGCUUCCCAGAAAUUA